AUGUCCCUAGAAAAACCUUAUAAAGCCAGAUUCGAGUCGUUGAAAUCAUCCGGCUCGAUUACAUACUUUCGUGCCCGUCUUUUGGGCAGAGAUCACAGACUCAAUGGAACCUUGAUCUUCAAAGAGGAUAUGGGUAAUAAUUUUGUUGUGUCUGUAGAAUCUUACAACGAUGCCACUGGUAGUGGGAAUUACAAGCAGACUCUUUAUUCGGCAUCAAAGAUACCCUUUUGCCAGUUCAUCGAUACCUAUUGGAAAUACUUUGCUCCGAGUAUGGAAUUUGGCAAGAAUACGGAUGUACCCUUUAUCAACCACACGUGUCCCAUACCAAAGGGUGAAUACUAUGUCAAGGAUGUGAUUAUCAAGACAGACGGCUGGCCAUAUGUAAUGCCUCGUGGCUUUUUCAAGGCUGUGUGCACAGUCCAAAGGGACGAUGAAAUUGUGAGCAGCACAGAACUGAUAGUUAGCUUUACAGAUCGCACUGGAAAUUAA